UGGCAUUGUUUUCACUGUCACCAAUCACAGGCUUCAUCUGUCCUGGCACUGCUGCUGCUGCUGGGACAAGGAAUGCUCUCAUCUCCUCCACCCUCAGGGCUCCUGGAGAAGCUCUUCCAGUACAUGGACCUCCACCAGGAUGAGUUCGUGCAGACCUUGAAGGAAUGGGUGGCCAUUGAGAGCGAUUCUGUGCAGCCUGUGCCUCGUUUCAGACAGGAGCUCUUCAGGAUGAUGGCUUUGGCUGCAGACAAACUCCGGCACCUGGGAGCUGCAGUGACAUCCGUGGACUUGGGUUCUCAACAGAUGCCUGAUGGCCAGAGUCUUCCCAUACCUCCAAUCCUAUUGGCUGAGCUGGGAAGUGAUGCCAAGAAGCCCACCGUAUGCUUCUAUGGGCAUCUGGAUGUGCAGCCAGCGCAGAAGGCUGAUGGGUGGCUCACGGACCCCUACACGCUCACAGAAGUGGAUGGAAAGCUGUAUGGACGGGGUGCGACAGAUAACAAAGGCCCUGUCCUGGCUUGGAUUAAUGCCGUGAGCGCCUUCAAAGCUCUGGAGCAGGAUCUUCCCGUGAACAUCAAGUUCAUCCUGGAAGGGAUGGAAGAGGCUGGAUCUGUUGCCCUGGAGGAAGUGGUCAGGAGAGAAAAGGAGCACUUCUUCUCCAGUGUGGACUACAUUGUGAUUUCAGACAAUCUGUGGAUCAGCCAGAAGAAGCCUGCGCUCACUUAUGGAACCCGGGGGAACUGCUACUUCAUGGUGGAGGUACUGGCAGGCUCCAGCUGUGGAGGACAUGGGGCUGUGGACAGGAUAGAGAAAUUAUUGGGGACCUUAGAAAGGAAGCAAGGAAGCUCUCACUUGGGGCUCACAGCCUAGUUGGUCACAGAUGCU